ACUUCAUCACGGUGGCGAAACUUUCAACGAAUGUUUAAAGAGUUUCUGCUGCGGAAACCGGAGACUGUAUUAAAUCCGAGCAGAGGAUGAACAUACAUCGAUGUAAUAAUAUGGGAGGUUUAUCCACUAGCAUUUAAACUCAGGUAAUAUGUCAUUAAUCUGUCAUGUAGAGUGAGUAAGUAAGUUACUACAGUGUGUUCCAGUAGACUGCCCGGCGUCUCCUCAACAUGAAUGAAUGAAUCUUUUAGUCUCGGAAAAAUCCUGAACGCGGCUGAAUCGAGUGAAAAUGGGUGAUGAAUCAAAGCCAGUGGACGGAGAGGUGAAUGAUAAUAAAUAUUUCUCAAAAACAGCCAAGACUGACGCUGAGGUGACUUUUGAACAUCGAAGCGCACCGCCGGAAACGCGUUUAUAUAAAAAGAGAUGGGUCAUAGUGUUAUUAUUCAGCUCCUAUUCGCUGUGUAACUCCUAUCAAUGGAUUCAAUACGGAAUCAUCAACAAUAUCUUCAUGCGCUUCUACGGCGUGGACUCUUUCACCAUUGACUGGAUGUCCAUGAUUUACAUGUUGACGUACAUUCCGCUCAUUUUCCCCGUCUCGUGGCUCUUGGAUAAAAAAGGGCUGAGGGUCAUCGCGCUCGUGGCGGCGGCUCUGAAUUGCACGGGCACGUGGAUCAAGGUGGCCAGCGCGAGACCGGACCUUUUUCCGGUUACAUUUUUGGGUCAGUUCACGUGCUCAGUGGCUCAGGUGUUUAUCCUCGGGAUGCCCUCGCGCAUCGCGUCGGUGUGGUUCGGAUCGGAAGAAGUGUCCACUGCAUGCUCCAUCGGGGUCUUCGGAAAUCAGUUGGGGAUUGCCAUAGGCUUCCUAGUUCCACCAAUACUGGUUCCAAAUGUGGACGAUCUGGACGAGUUGGCGGCUCACAUCAGAGUCAUGUUCUACAUCACGACGGGAGUGGCCACCUUCCUGUUUGUAUUGGUUGUCAUUGUGUUUCAGGAGCGUCCCGAGAUCCCUCCCACCCACGCUCAGGCCGCGGCUCGGCAGAUCUCUCCAGAGAACUAUUCAUAUCCAGCAUCCAUCCUCAGGCUGCUUCGCAACAAAGCCUUCAUCCUUCUCGUCAUCACUUACGGGCUGAAUGUUGGCUGUUUCUACGCUGUCAGUACGCUUCUCAACCGAAUGAUCAUUGAACACUAUCCUGGAGAGGAGGUGAACGCCGGCAGGAUCGGCCUCACCAUCGUGAUCGCUGGCAUGGUGGGAUCUCUCAUCUGUGGGAUCUGGUUAGACCGAUCUAAGACAUACAAACAAACCACUCUAGCCGUGUAUGUGAUGUCGCUUGUGGGUUUGGUGCUUUAUGCUUUUACCUUGGAUCUGGGUCACCUGUGGGUGGUCUUCAUCACAGCAGGAACCCUCGGGUUCUUCAUGACGGGUUACCUUCCCCUCGGUUUUGAGUUUGCUGUUGAAUUGACUUACCCAGAGUCUGAGGGGACGUCUUCAGGACUUCUGAAUUGCUCUGCACAGGUAUUCGGGAUCAUAUUUACGAUCUGUCAGGGGAAAAUCAUGGACUCUUUUAAUACUCUGGCCGGAAAUCUCUUCCUGUGUGCCUUCCUGCUGAUAGGAACCAUCAUUACAGCCUGUAUUAAGUCUGAUCUGCGCAGACAGCUGGCAAACCAACAAGCACUGGCAGCCGUAAGUAUCAAACCAAACGUAUCAGCAAAACAUUUACACAGUUGCACUUUACAAUUACACUUUAUACAUUAUAUGUGUUAUAUUGGUGAUAUAAAGAUUAAGAUUUACAUGACCUUCCCAUCCAGCAAUAAGUUCAUAUUUUGUAUUUUCUGCUAGUGUGUGCCUCUUGUUUGUCAGAUUGAUACAACAGAAAUCAUUUCAUGUCCACUAACAUGUGCUGCAGAUACUAGAGAAAAUGACACUCCUGAUGUUUCUAUCUCAUGUUUCUGUGUUGUUGUGUUUUAACCUGAACUUCAGUGUUCAUUCAAAGGUGUUUUUGGUUUGAUAGCUGUUGUUUCAAACGUCCACAGCCAGGAGCAUUACCAUGUUCUGCUGAUUUUCUAGGGUCUUCUGACGAGGCGCUUUUGAAAUUUUUAUUGUGUUAAAAUUCCAGCACUGUGAUUGGAUGACACACGGGAAAUACUCUGAGAAUCAUACCAGCUCUAUAAACACAUUUCAUCCUGUUCUUCACCAUCAGUCCUGCUCAUCUUUACACGCCAUGUCAUGUUUUCUUGAUCCAAGCAUUCCAUUCACUCUCUCUGUU